GAGACUAGAGGGGAGCUGUCAAGAGACUCAGCCUAGCGUCGUAGCCACAGCCUCAAAGCUCCACUCAAACGCUACACUGCCGACGCUACUACGUACUACUACUUCUGCUCAGCUCUCUCCCUCUCCUGUCUUUCUGUCCCUGUCCCUCUCCCUUAUGCUACCUGACUCCCUCCUUUCUCGCUCUCUCUCUCUCUCUCUGCUCAUCCCGGGGCACUUACUGCCUGCGUUUGUUUCUCUGCAUCACCUUGCAGUCAGUUGCCUGCCUGUGGGUUGGACCUCAGCACUUCUCACUUUCUCUCUCCAGCUCUCUUUUUAUUUCAAUCUGUCCGCUGUACCUACCUGGUCUUGCAAAAAUGUAUCGGAGCGCAAACCCAUGGAUCUCAAACUACCUGAGCCAUGUCAAGUUCUGCGGCCAAGAACUUGGGAGUGAGACCCCUGUCAAACUUGGGAAGGCGAGACUUUUACAGAAGAGGGCUCUUAGCUUCCGGAAAGUGUUCUUGUCCGAAGAGAAAAACAACCUGGCCAAGAACACCAAGGAUAUAGAUGUACAUCUCUUGGCAAGCCUCCCUAAAGUUUCAGAAUUAAGGAAGCGUUUUGAAGGCAUCAGCCCAAGCACUAGCUGUGACUGGGAAAUGAACAGGAAGGAGAGGAUUGCCCGGCGGUUGGAGGGCAUAGAGAGCGAGGUGCAUCCCGCCAUAUUACCCAGCUGCCCAGGCCUGGUGACCAAUCGGCUGGUAGAGGAAGACACGCCCCGUUACACACGCGCCCCGGACACCUGUGACCCCUGUGUCGUCACAGUACAACGUUACAGUAAGGAGGACAUGGAGAGUCCAGAGAUGAUGACCCAUCAGCAGGUCACUGCUCCAGAGAGGCAGUCCAGAGCCCGGUGCAGACCCGAGGAACAGACCCAGACCGUCCUCACUGAACCCACAGACCUCGCUGGUACCGACCUGGACUCCAAGGUGGAGCGGAUCGCCCGCUACAAGGCAGAAAGGCGUCGGCAGUUGGCCGAGCGCUAUGGUAUCUCGCUGGACCAAGAGCCAGACACCACUGUCACCGACCACUUCUCUUCCCGAUACGGUGCCUCCUGUGGACGCAAGGAGUUGGUUUCUUCCUCUGCGAGGCAACGGGGCUACACACGCCCAGAAACACGCUGCAGGGCAGAGUCUGUGGGGGACGAACACUCCUACACAUCCAUUAGAUCCAGGGUGGGUAGAGUGGCCCCCCCACCACAGGUCUACGGCAAGCCUGGCCAGGGGCGACCCAGGGUCGACUCGUUCACAGAGAGGGAGAGGGUGGAGAACCUGGAGAACCAGCGCAGGGCAGCUCAGCAGGAGAGGAACAUCAAAGCCCCCGAGCCGCAGCCGCCAUCUUCCUCCACCUACAUGGAUGUGACGUCGUCGACCUCUACCAAAGUGCCCGUUGCUAAGCACAACAUCAUCAUGGGGUUGCCCCCCAGCUCACCCAAGACGAAGUCCUUGCUGCCCUCCCCCAAACAGGAGGUGCCCCCUGGGGACCUGUUCAUAGAGCAACAGGCCCACAACAUCCUCAGCAGACAGGGCCCGGAAGUGAAACCACCCAGCGAUUGGUUCCUCCAGACUGAUUCGGCAGGCAACACCCAGUCCCUUAUCAACUGGCCCUCCAGAAUCAGAGUUAGGGAAAGACUGGCCAGGGAUGAGGGAGUUCGAAAGAGGAGUCCAGAGCUGGGCCACCAUGUCUCCGAGGCCCCCCUGUACAGGAGACACCCCCAGAUCACCACCCGCUCCACAGCCUACCACCAUGACCCCCAGGCUCCGGCGUAUACCACUAAUGACCCUCCAGGCCCCAAGUCCUACUCUCACCACCAGCCUCAGCUCACCCGUUCUGGGCAGAGUGAUGACCCCAGCUAUCUGUCCAUGACUACUGGCCCUGGUUCCGGGGCACAGCAGCCCCAACAGCCUCCGCCAGAGGAGGAAGAGGAGAUGGAGGGAGAAGUGGAAGAAGAGGAGAAGAGGGGAGCCCCUAGGGAGGGCAGACAGGAGGUGAAGACUGAGGGACUACUGAAGAGCAGGAAAGCUGUGCUGCCGUCAGAGAUCAGAGGAGUCCAGGGAGUGGGACAGGGGAGGGAGGCUGAGCCCAGAGGAGGGUACAUGGGAAGAGGGGGUGAGAGAACCAGGAUGAGAUGGGGGGAGUCGGACACAGACCCCGAACCAAUCAGACCUACGGAACAACCCAUGACCCGCCUGCAGGCCGCCGAGGUCAGAGCAGAGCUCAGAGCCUCCAGGGAGAAGGGUCAACAACCGUGGAGUGAUAACGCCAUCUACAUCCAGAGAGGCGUUGUCCCCGCCUCUACCCACAUCCAGAACAGGGGAGGAGGCCCAACCACCACCACCAUGACCACUGAUGCCUUCAUCUCCAUCCGCUCCUCAUCCGACACUGGGCCCCAUGGGGCCCCUAGAGGCUCCAUCCCCAGGGCCCAGGAGCCAUGGUCGGUCAAAGAGGCAGCAGGCCUGCGGAGGGGAGCCAUUGAAGAUGGGAUUAGAAAUAGAGACCAGAGCCCACUAGAGACCAGGGACGCUCGUGUCUCUGUGGCCAAGCUUCGUCACUCCUACCUGGAAAGUGCUACGACUGCUACUGCCCCAGUCGUCAGGAAACCUGAGCUGUCUUGUUUGAGCCCAGAUCUACCAAGCACUGAAGCUGAUGAAGAGAAAUUGGAUGAGCGGGCCAAGCUGAGUGUUGCAGCCAAGCGUUCUCUCUUCAGGGAGUUGGAGAGGAACACGGAUGGGGGCUCCCCAAAACCCCCAUCACGGAACGUGGCCAUGGAGAGGCGACUGAGACGCACCCAGGACCGCUCCCAUACCCAGCCAGUCACUACUGAGGAGGUUGUCAUUGCUGCCACCCUGCAUGCGUCCUCACAGGAGAGUGUUGCAGCCAGGGAGCAGGCCAGGCAGGCCCAUAAUGCCCUAGAGGUCCAGAGGGAGGCGCAGCGAACCUCCAAGCUCCUCCAGACUUCUUCUCCUGAGGAGAACCAGGCCCAGAAUCAUCAGGGCCAGGGGGACGCAGAGCCGGAUCUGUCCACCUUAAGCUUGGCAGAGAAGAUGGCUCUGUUCAACAGACUGGCCCAGCCAGCCACCAGGGUGAUCCGCACCAGGCCUGAUAGCAGGGGGCGCAGGGCCAACGCUCGUUACCAGACCCAGCCCAUUACCCUGGGAGACCUGGAGCAGAUCCAUAACGGGGCCAAGUUGGGCCAGCUAUCCUCAUCUGCCCUCAGACCUGGGGCCACGGUCUCCACAGACCACGCAGGGGACAUCCACUUAGCCACUGGGGGCGGGGGUAGCCCAGCCAAGGCACCCAACCCUGGGUACUACGAAAGGUCCAUCCCCCACCACCCUAGCCCUCCCACCCAGAUCACAGAACCCUCCAAUGCCGUCUGGAGGUCUGUGCCUGGCCCCCACCACCAAGCCUCUCUGGAUCUCCAGGCGCACCAGGCUGACACAACCACCAUCCUCCUCCAGGGAGAAGAGGGAGAUCUGUGGGGAGGGAAGAGAGAGCUGCCCUCUCCGGAGGGAGGUGUCAGAAAGGCCUCCAUGCCCCAGCCUCAGGCCUGGUAUGGUGGGAGGGAGUGGGAGGAGGAGCAGCGUUUGGCCAGGAUGGGUGAUGGUGAGGGUGUGGAGCCCCAGCGUGUGUUGAAGGGGUCAGAGAGUGGUGGUGGUGGUGGUGGUCUCCACCAGGACCACAGGCAGCACCAGGAGCAGAGGGGCUAUCUGAGACAGUCAUCAUUAGACCUCCAGGACCCAGACAGACACAGGUCAAAGGUCAUCAGCACUGAGCUGCCAGACACUAGUGUGUCAUCAUCGAGAGCAGCAGAGCAGCUAAGGAGUGCGUCUCUCUCUCCACACACACUGCUGCCUCAGGCUCGGGAGCUGGGCGGCGCGGACACACACGCGGACGGCAGCAGUGGUCUGGGACACACACACAGCCUCGUCCAGUCGGAGCAAGAGGACAUAGAGCUCUCAGAAGCCAUGUCGGCGAGACAGAUGUCCAUCAAAGACAGACUGGCCCUGUUGAAGAAGAGUGGCGAGGAGGACUGGAGGAACAGGAUUAAUAGGAAGCAGGAUGUGGGGAAGGUGGCCGUGUCAGAGCGUCACGCUCAGCUAUGGGAGGUGGAGCAGAGCUUCAAGAAGCAGAGGAUGGGAGGGGGAGAGGAGACUACAGAAAACCAGAACCAGCGUAUGGAGAUGUCUAUCCAUGAGAGGAAGCAGCUGAUCGUGGCCCGAGAAGAGGCCUGGAAGUCCAAGGGCCACGGGGCCGCUAACGACUCCACACAGUUCACUGUGGCCGCACGCAUGGUCAAGAAAGGUCUGGCUUCUCCUUCUGCUCUCUUGAACCCUGUGACGUCUCUCCCUUCCAAACCCAAGAACACCACUCCUGCCAUCUCCAAGCCCCUGGAAGAAAUGGAGGAUUUAUCUGAUACUGAAGAGAUCGAGGCCAAACCGGACAUGAACCUGGAGUCGGACAGGAAACUCGAUAAGCUGGAGUCUUUCCUGGGCAGGUUGAACAGUAAAGUGGGCGGCCUGCAGGAAUCCACCAUCACAGUGACGAAGAAGACGGUCAAAGGUGUCAUGAAUCUGGAUGAUGAGAUGUUCGACAAGUUUUACCGCCACAUGACCGAGAUGCCCCUCAACAUGAACAGCAAGGUGGACAUCAAUGACGACUUUGACGACAUCUUCGGCGGUACCCAGAUGCCCAAGCUGACCUCAGCCAUGGUGGAGCACAAGCGGUCGGUGCGUCCAGUGCGCAACGUCCAGUCGUCCAGGAACCCUCUGAAGAUGCUGGCGGCCAGAGAGGACAUCCGACACGAGUACACAGAGCAGAGACUCAACAUCGGCCUGCUGGAGAGCAAGAGGAUGAAGCAAGAGAAGAUGAAUAAAAAUAGUGGAUUCUCUGAGGUGGCUCUGGCGGGUUUGGCCAGUAAGGAGAACUUCAGCAGUGUCAACCUGCGUAGUGUCAACAUCUCCGACCAGAUGUCCAACAACAGCGCCGUGCCCUACAAGAAACUCAUGCUCUUGCAAGUCAAAGGCCGUCGGCACGUCCAGACCAGACUAGUGGAGCCCAGAGCGUCCUCUCUAAACAGCGGGGAUUGCUUUCUGCUCAUCACUCCCCAUCACUGCUUUGUCUGGACCGGAGAGUUUGCCAACGUCAUCGAGAAGGCCAAGGCUGCUGAGCUGGCCCAGUUCAUCCAGACCAAGAGAGAUCUGGGCUGCCGUGCCAACUAUGUAGAGCUGAUCGAGGAGGGUAUCAACACACACAGCUACGCUGCCAAGGAGUUCUGGAAGAUUCUGGGCGGACAGACCAGCUACCAGUCCGCGGGGACACCAGACGAGGAUGAGCUGUAUGAGAGCGCCGUCGUAGAAACCAAUUGCAUCUACCGCCUAGUGGACGACAAACUGGUCCCCGAUGAUGACUUCUGGGGGAAGGUUCCCCGAUGCACGCUGCUCAGCCCCAAACAGGUGUUGGUGUUUGACUUUGGCAGUGAGGUGUAUGUGUGGCACGGUAAGGAGGUGACUCUGGCCCAGAGAAAAGUUGCCUUCCAGCUGGCUAAACACCUGUGGAACGGAACCUUCGACUACACAAACUGUGACAUUAACCCCCUGGACCCUGGAGAGUGCAACUCACUCAUACCCAGGAAAGGCCAGGGCCGUCCAGACUGGGCUAUGUUUGGAAGGUUGACGCAACACAACGAGACCACCCUGUUCAAGGAGAAGUUCCUGGACUGGACAGACUCCAAGAAGAAAGGUACCAUCAAGAACGGCCAGGAGCACCUCAACGAAAACAACAAGGAGCAGCAGAGCCCAGAACAGAACAUGAUGCGGGCCUAUGAUGCCUCCCUGAUGCUGCCGCUGCUCCAGACCCCGGUUCGUACGGUGUUGGAUGGGGUGGACCUGGGCCGGGGCUAUGGCCCGGUGGCGGGGGAUGACCGCAGGCACUUUGAGAUCAGCACCACCGCCGUGGACAUCUGGCACAUACUAGAGUUUGACUACAGCCGGCUGCCCAGGCAGAGCAUCGGACAGUUCCAUGAGGGAGACACCUAUGUGGUGAAAUGGAAGUACAUGGUGAGCACAGCAGUUGGGAGGAGGCAGAAUCCGGACGCGGUGAGGAGAGCAGGAGCUGGGAAGGAGAAGUGUUCCUAUUUCUUCUGGCAGGGACGGAAUUCUACCGUCAGUGAGAAGGGAACGUCAGCGCUAAUGACUGUUGAACUGGACGAGGAGAGAGGAGCACAGGUCCAGGUGCAGCAGGGGAAGGAGCCUCCAUGUUUCCUUCAGUGUUUCAACGGAGGGAUGGUGGUCCAUGCAGGGAAGAGAGAAGAGGACGAGGAGAACUCACAGAAUGGCUGGCGGUUGUACUGUGUGCGGGGGGAGGUCCCGGUGGAGGGCCACCUGCUGGAGGUAGCAUGCCACUGCAGCAGUCUGCGCUCCCGGACCUCUAUGGUGCUUCUCAGCGUCUCUAAAGCAACCAUGUAUGUGUGGCACGGCUGCAAGGCCCAGCUCCACACACGCGAAGUGGGGCGCACUGCCGCCGACAAGAUCAAAGAACAGUGUCCGUUGGAGGCGGGGCUCCACAGCAGCAGUAAGGUGACCAUCCAUGAGUGUGACGAGGGGGCGGAGCCUACGGGAUUCUGGGAAGCUCUGGGAAGGAGAGAUAGGAAGGCCUACGACUGCAUGCUCCAAGAUCCAGGGAAGUUCAACUUCACCCCUCGUCUCUACCAGCUGAGCAGUACGUCUGGAGAGUUUGUUGCAAUGGAGUUCUUCUACCCAGCCAGAAUAACGGAGGAGGUCAACUCACUGCCCUUCCUACAGGAGGACCUCUACACUGCCUCUCAACCAGCCCUCUUCCUGGUCGACAACCACCACGAGGUCUACCUGUGGCAAGGCUGGUGGCCCCAGGACAGCGAGAGCCCCGGCUCUGCCCGUAUCCGCUGGGACGCAGACAGGAAGUGUGCCAUGGAGACGGUGCUGCAGUACUGCACAGAAAAGAAUGAGAAGAAGCCACCCAAGGCGUAUCUGAUCCAUGCGGGACUUGAACCUCUAACCUUCACCAACAUGUUUCCAUGCUGGGAACACAGAGAGGACAUAGCUGAGAUCACUGAGAGGGAGGCAGAGGUUUGUAACCAGAUAAUUCUGGUAGAGGAUGUGUUGGCACGGCUGUGUAAGACCACCUACCCCCUGGCAGACCUGCUGGCACGGCCCCUACCCGAGGGAGUCGACCCCCUACGCCUGGAGAUCUACCUAGACAAUGAUGACUUUGAGGGUGUAGGGGCUUAUGGGAAGAACGCUCUGGAGAUGUCGAGGGAUGAGUAUGAGGUGUUGCCAGGUUGGAAGCAGGUGAACGUGAAGAAAGCCAAAGGAUUGUUUUAGUACUUUGGACAGAAGGCUUGACCAGCGGAUGACAUCAUCAGCAAGCGACGGUCAGUGCAUCGUGGUUCAGUUGUAACAGGAACCCGCCACUGAGAACUUUUUAAUUGAACAUUAUACCCCUUCAUCUCCGGACUGGAGAGGGCUUGGGACACACACACACUUCUGAGAACCCUACCCUGGUUGGAGGGAGGGAAGAGGAGGAGAGAUGCAGUGGUGGAAGGAGUGAGGAUCAACAGAUUUGUGCCAGCCUCGUGUAUAGUUUUAAUCUUUUCUUUAUUUUAUUUGUAUGUGUUAUCAGUUUUGUUUUGUAAUUCUCAAUGUAGGUAGUUCAGAGGUGCGUGUGAGUGAAUGUUGAGUGGAUGUUUACGUAAUGUCGGCACCCGUUUUUUUUAAAUCCACACUGUGUGUGUGUGUGGGUCUGUGUGUGGGUGUGUGUGCUUGCGUGCUCGUAUGUCUCUGUGUGCGCUUGUGUGUGUGUGUGUGCUUGCGUGCUCGUAUGUCUGUGUGUGUGUGUGUGUGCUUGCGUGCUCGUAUGUCUGUGUGUGUGUGUGUGUGUGUGUGGGUGUGACCAUGCUUUUACAGUAUCGACAGCAGUCUGUCAGUUUGUCUGGGAGCAGGAGAACCACUCUGUUUGACACACCCCAAACAGACUCUCUGCAAGCUGUUCUUUGUGCAUUUGCGCAUUAGAAUAAAUUAUUUAUAUUUACUCCAUAUUAGGAAUAAAAAGCCUUUUAAGUAUUGUCUGUGAGAUAAGAAAUGAAAUACAUUGUAUUGAUAUUCAUGUUGAGGUUGUCAUAUGUUGAUAAGUAGUUGGACAAUAAUGCUCCUUUCCCAAGAGACUGUGCAUGUUGCCAUUUUAUUGAACAAAUCAUGCAUCUGCCACGUUCUGAUGUCAUUGCUAGGCUGUCCUGCAUCAUUCAGGUGCUCCGAUUGAAGAGAAUUGUUGUAUUUUACAGGCAUGACUUUACAGAAUCUUAUAAAUUCAACAUUGUAUAGUGCCUUGCUUUUAUGUACAGUUUAUAUACAGAACAAUAUUAGUCUGUGUUUUAUAGACUCUCUUUGUGAUAUAAAGGAUAUUAGAGAAAUAAACACUGAAAUGAAAUCCAA